UAAAGAACAAUCGAAAAAACAAGUCACACUUCCUACUGUUAAAAUUGUAUUAGAAUCAAAAAAAGAAGUUAUUGAGGAUUUAAUUAAAGCAUUUUCUUUUGCAAACAUUCUUCUUGAAAAAGUUAAUAGUUUACUUCCAUUUUUUAAAAAAUAUUUUAAAAAAGGCGGUGCUAUUCCUCAAGCUUCUACACUUCGCCAAUUAUAUUUGCCAACUGUUUUUGAGCAUUAUUUUACCUUACUCCAAAGUUUUUUUAAUCAAAAACUUGUAGCAAUUAUAAUGGAUGAGAUGACAGAUGACU